AUGCCAAUUGAGAGGUUUUCGGAGACACAAGAAGGAGAUUGUCCAUUCGAAAAUGUAGAAUCUUGCCAACGAUUAUCCUCACGGAUGGAGGAUUGUUAUGGAACAGUAGUAGGAAAGGAUUUGCUUUCAUAUUCACAAGAAGAACUCUGUAUGGAAGCACCAGAUGCUAUAAUGUUAACACCAGAAGAUGAAGACACAUCAGCAGGCCUUGGGAUAAAAACAGAGAUUCACCUCUCCACCGAAACCUUUUCAUCAGAAGAUGAGGAGUUAGAUAUUAUUUACAGUAAAAAUGCAGCUUUAUCUGACAAGACUUCCCAGAAGAAAUCUAUCACACAGAUCAUUAAGGAUAAAAAAAAACAAACACAGCUUACUUUACAAUGGUUGGAAGAAAACUAUAUUGUAUGCGAAGGAGUUUGUUUGCCGAGAUGUAUACUGUAUGCACACUAUUUAGACUUCUGUAGAAAGGAAAAGUUGGAACCAGCCUGUGCAGCAACAUUUGGAAAGACAAUUCGACAAAAGUUUCCACUACUGACAACAAGGAGACUUGGCACCAGAGGACAUUCAAAGUAUCAUUAUUAUGGAAUUGGAAUAAAGGAGAGCAGUGCAUAUUACCAUUCUGUUUAUUCUGGUAAAGGAUUGACGAGGUUUUCUGGUAGCAAGCUAAAGAGUGAGGGUGGCUUCACUAGAAAAUAUUCUUUAAGUUCAAAAACUGGAACUCUGCUCCCCGAAUUCCCAAAUGCUCAUCAUCUUCUUUUGCACGGAUGUUUGUCCAAGGAUAAGGUAGACACACUCAUCAUGAUGUACAAAACCCACUGUCAGUGUGUACUUGACAACGCUAUUAAUGGCAAUUUUGAGGAGAUUCAACACUUUUUACUACACUUUUGGCAAGGAAUGCCAGAUCAUCUCCUUCCUCUUCUGGAAAACCCUAUAAUCAUAGAUAUAUUCUGUGUUUGUGAUUCUAUCCUUUAUAAGGUCCUUACAGAUGUACUCAUACCAGCAACAAUGCAAGAAAUGCCAGAGAGUUUGCUAGCAGAUAUAAGAAAUUUUGCUAAACACUGGGAACAGUGGAUUAUUUCAUCCUUGGAAAACUUGCCGGAUCCUCUUUCAGAAAAAAAACUGCCAAUUGUCAGAAGAUUUGUGUCAUCAUUGAAACGACAGACCUCAUUCCUACAUUUAGCCCAGAUAGCACGCCCAGCCCUGUUUGAUCAAAAUGUAGUAAACUCCAUGACAACCGAUAUAGAGAAAGUUGAUUUGUACAGCAUUGGUUCACAAGCUCUGCUUACAAGCUGCAGUGGUGCUGACUCUGACUGUGAUGUCUACACUGAGUUGUUUCAAGAGCUAAAAGACCUAUUAAAGAAAAAUGCCACAGUGGAAUCUUUUAUAGAAUGGCUGGACAAUGUUGUAGAGCAAAGAGUAAUUAAGGCAAGCAAGCAAAACGGAAAGUCUUUGAAGAAGAGAGCUCAGGAUUUUCUCUUGAAAUGGAGUUUCUUUGGCGCUCGUGUUAUGCACAAUCUGACUCUGAACAAUGCAUCAAGUUUUGGUUCAUUCCACUUAAUCCGCAUGCUACUUGAUGAAUACAUAUUGCUUGCAGUGGAAACACAAUUUAAUAAUGACAAAGAACAAGAGCUUCAGAAUUUGCUGGACAAGUAUAUGAAGAAUGCAGAUGCAAGCAAAGCAACAUUUACAGCUUCACCGAGCUCUUGUUUUCUUGCAAGUCGUAAUAAAUGUGGCAUUCUUUCAAAUAACCCUGCAGUCAAAAAUGAGUGCCUUCAAGAUCAGACUUACGCAAGUCUUUCAUCGGACCAGCUUGUUCAUGGUUUGCAGUCUUUUGCACAAGGAGAUAAUGAAAACAACCAACUUGCAGAUCAGCUGGAGAUUGCUCAAAGCACAGGUCAUCUGAUGACGCCACCUACGUCACCAGCGAUUUUAAACAGAGGAAGUGUCAUAAACCAAGGACCAAUGGCUAUAAGACCUUCCAGUGUAGCAUCAGUUUUACCUACCCAUCCACAGGUUUCCUCUUUCUCAGAACCUUUAUUCCAGAAUCUUCCUCCACCAAAUCAAAAUUAUUUUGGCACCAGUUCAAACUACCAGGCCAUGUUCCGUGCUCAUGUUCAACCUCCAUCUGGAACUUUCCAUCACAGAGUAGAUCAGAAUAGAUACACUCAACUGAAUGACCAGCAAAUUCAAAGAGACUACUAUCCAAGUAGUUGUACAAUGUCUCCAUACAGCGUUCAUCCUUCUUCAAACUAUGGCUCAGCAUCCAAUGCACAGGAAACACAAAGCAUGCAAUUCCUUAAUGGAGGAUUCAAUUUUAUAAAUGGUUCUGUUACUGGAAGUUGUCAAGGAGGAACAUAUCCAUCAAAUACAGCCAAUGGAUAUUAUGGGAAUAAUUUAUGUUACCAAGAUUCCCACAGGAUUGGAUCAAUGGUUGAUCAACACGUAUCUGUCAUUAGCAGCGUUAGCAGCAUUCGCCCUCUACAUUCGUUUAAUGACAUUCAUGAUCCUCUCAAUAUAUUAGAUGAUAGUGGGAGAAAGCUUGACUCAUAUUAUACAGACUCUUCACCACCAAUGAUUUGUCGUAAUUCAAUGUCUUCAAACAUGGAAAAUGUAAUAUCUCCAUCUUCAUCUCAAUGCAUGUAUGGUACGACUGACCACUACACUUCUCAAGAAACAAUGGAUUCUCAUGGGCACACUGAUGAUGUUAGAGAAAUGGAAUCUUCUUUACCUCCUAUUAACACAGUCUUUUUGGGAGCCACUUCAUCGAGCAGCUGAAC